CUUAAGAGCGGCGCCGGCAUCCGCCAUCCCAUCCCGGCGCAGCGAUGGGGGAGGCAGCGGGUGGCAGCGCGGUACCUCCGCUACCGCCGUCGGAGGCGGUCGGGGGGCAGGUGAACGCCCUGACCGUCCUGGCCUUGCUGGAGAAACUGGUGUCGAUGUUGGAAGCGGUGGAAGGGCAACAGCGGCAGAUGGAGCAAAGGCAGCGGGGUUUAGAAGGGGCGGUGCGGGGUAUUCAGGGAGACCUGGGGAAGUUGUGUCGAAGCCACGGGGCGACGGGUGAAGCGGUGGAGAAGCUGCUGGAGAAGUCGCGGAAGGUGUGCGCUCACACCCGCGCCGUGCGGGAGAGGCUGGAGAGACAGUGCGACCAGGUGCGACGCCUCGAGCAGCAUCACGCCCAGCUGCUCCGGCGGGACCGCUUCAAGGUGCUCAUCUUCCAGGAGGAAAAUGAGAUCCCUGCCAGUGUUUUUGCAAAAGAGCCUAUUCCCAGCAUCACAGAAGGAAAAGAGGAGCCUGUGGAUGAGAACAAAACACUGGAGGAAACUUUGCACACGGUGGAGUUGUGUUCAGAUGAUGAAAUGUUUCACGAGGAAGAUGAUAUGGAUGAUAGUGCAGAGGAAAAAACAGAAGAAUCAAGAGCUGAGAAAAUUAAAAGAUCCAGCCUCAAGAAGGUAGACAGCCUCAAGAAAGCAUUUUCCCGCCAAAACAUUGAGAAGAAGAUGAACAAGAUCAGCACAAAGAUUGUCUCACCUGAACGGAGAGAAAAGAUCAAGAAAUCGCUUACUGUACAUCAUCAGAAAUCCUCUUCUUCAAAGAGUUCAGCUUUCAAAGUAUCUCCCCUCACAUUCAACGUGAAGAAAGUCCGUGAAGGAGAAAGCCCUGCUGAAGCUGAGGACAGACCAACAGAAACUACAAGCAAUGACCAAGCUGAGAAUGAGGAUGAGACAUCAUUUGCUGACAUGCACUCAGAUAUGACACCUACCACCUCGCUGACCGAGGAGGGCAAAGCAGUAGCUGAUUCUCUAGAGAAGGAAACCAGAAUGGAAGGGAAUGCCAUGAUGAACAACAACAUUGAGCUGUCCAUUGUUGAAGAUGAUGAAGACUAUAGGAUGCCUCUACAAGUUUCUAGCCAGAAACUGUAUGAUGAAAGAAACAACCCAGUCAGCGGGGAAAUGGAACAAUCUGAUGAAGAAACGACCCAGGCAGCAGUCCUGCAGAUAGACCAAACAGCAUAAUCAACCCAAGUCUUCCUGCACCUUCCAGAUAUGCACGGUUUUACUUAAGCGAGUAACUGGUUUCUGCUACACAGGUGUUAGUAGCGAUUUGGUUUAUUCCAUCCUUUUCUCUGCAGUGGUAAUUUAUUGCAUCGUGUUGGAAUGCAGAAUGAACGAGGUCAGUGACGCAGGCUGCAACAUGCUCCAUUUUAGGCUGAAUCACCGGUGUUUAUUAAUUUAAAGAUGCUGUCCGCUGGUUUAAGAGACAAUCAGGAAAAGAGUAUGUCUAGUAGAAGCAAGCUGGUCAACUGUCUUUUCUUAUAGUUAGGUCAGAGGAACGUGUGGAGAGUAGUCAAAACCCAAACAUUUCCAUUCUGUUUUCUUCCCUCUCAGUAUUUCACGACACUGUGAGUAGUUUUAUAUGUCAAUGUAGAAAUACAGUUGAGAACAUUUGAUUUCGGUUUUCUUGCUAUGCUCUGUGAAUACUAACAGCCUCAGGAACUGUGCAUACAUGUAUAGUUUGUUUGGGGCUUCGCUCCACGAUGCUAAAAGAGCAGAGUACUUAAGAGGGCAAAGCUGAAAAGUGGUUCCAUCCCUUUCAGUGAGGGAAAGAUUUUUGCCAGUAGCCUCUCGCUAUUCACUUAAAAGAAGUGACUGUGUUUAGGUGAAAAUUAAAAGAUGUUUUUCAAUAUACUGGAGUUAUGGAAGUACAUUAAUGACAAGCAUGAAUGUGUGAUUGGUUACUGUACCUUUAAGAGAUCAGAAAUUGAAAAAAAAGUAGAAAGAAUUUGACAGAAACAUGGAGAGAGUCUGAAGAAAGUACAAAAUAAUAUGAAAUAUAAAAAAAGCAAAACUAAAACCCCGCAAUAUUAAGUCUAUACUCCCAGCUUACGGAAUAUAUACUCAGAUAACACUAAUUAAUUCAUUCUUAGUCUUUAUAGCAGUAUACUAUCAAAAUUUGCACCUGCACAACUUUGUAUCUCAGAGUAUUUUGAAAAUAGCAUAACUUUUUACAAAUUAUUUCAUAUAGAGCUAUAUCUACACAGAAGAGUUAGAAAAUUACAGGGAUGUAAGGACAAUUUUUUCAAAAAGGUGAAAUACUCUUUUAGGCAUAUCUAAAGGGAACAACGCGUUAUGGAUUGAACUUCAUGGCAGGGAUGAGUUUACACGAGGAUGAGUCCACAAAGCCACAGGAUUUGAUUCUCUGCUGAUAAUCUCCAUCAAAGCCACCUACAUGCUCUCAAAAUUACAAGCCUGUAAUUUUUCAAAAUUAAUUGAAAAUGAGAAGUUACAGGGUAGUUUGUUCACUAUGAAUGUUCAUUCCUGUCACUUACAGGUAGGGAAAGGGAGGAAAGUGAAGCACAACACCCACAACAGUUACCUUACAUCCUUGUUUGUUUAUGCAGUGGGUUAUUUUUAUUUUUAUAUAUAUAUAUAUAUAUAAAAUUCUACUGAUACUUAACAUUGCACUAAAAGGUUUCUUCCUUUAACUUGUAUUUAGAAUCACAAAUUACAGGGGAAAUAAAAACUGCAGAAAAAAUAUAAUUCUGAAAUGAUUAACAGGUAUUACUCAACAGGGGUAAUAUCUGUAACCAGUAAAUCACACUGGAAGUUAGUUGAUAAGAGCUUAGAGUAGGUGAGUACUAUUAGGAGUUAAGCUCUUAAGUGUAUGGUAUCAUAUAGGAGAUACUGUUUGUUAAAAAAAAAAAAAAAGUCAUGGCAUAACUCGUGCAGCUAUAUUUUUAUUUUGUAUUAACUACAAUGGAUUUCAAUAAUUUUUAAUUGUAACUAACUACAAAUAUGACAAAUAAAAGCAUGACAGAAAACACA